AUGUUCGAUGCUGAAGUGAUCUCGGAGCUGCGGAAGCAGUUCGAUGCUGCGGACAAGGACGGAUCUGGCGAAGUUGACGCGGAGGAGGCCUGCAGACUCUUCGCCAGAAGUUGUGACGAAGCGGCAACGGAUGAAGAGAUACACAAGACAGCCGAUGCACUGCGCCAACAGCUGGAUACCGAUCGUUCAGGCACGAUCUCCUUUGACGAGUAUUGCUUCCGCUUCGGCCGUCGGUACCAGAUGGAGCUGAAUCGUCGCAAACGCAACAGCCGCUUUGCUCCCUCCAAUGGCGUGCCGAAGCAGGACACAGCUUCAAGAAACCUGGACGAGGAGCGAGAAAAGCUGGAAAAGGAGCGUGAAGCCAUCAGGCAGGAGCGCGAGCGACUGCAACUGGAGAAAGAACGUGAAGCGUUGAGGAAGGAGCGUGAAGCCUUAGAGCGAGAACGUCAGGCAUCAAACACCACGGGCAGCUCCAGCUCCGCUCAGGUGCUGGGUCCCGGCAUGCGCGUGCGAAUCCAGGGUCUUCGUGGAGCUCCAGAACUGAAUGGCUUGGAGGCGACUGUUGUUCGAUUGGAUGAGGCUUCUGGACGAUAUGUUGUCGACAUCGCCGAGGGCAGAGGGCCGAAAAGCCUGAAGGAUUCGAAUUUGCUUCGACUUGGAGCAGAGCAAGCGGGGCCCCGCGGGCCCGGCGGGCCCGGCGGGCCCGGGCUGGGCCAAAAGGUGACAGACCUGGCGAACAGUGCCUUCCGUGGGCUACAACGUGGCUGUGCCCACAUGCAAGUGUGGCUCGCCAAUUCUGGAUACACUUGGUGGCAAGUCCUACUGGGUGUGGCCGUAGUUGUGCUGAUCGUCAGCGCUGUGAUGCAGGCCGGCUCCAGGCACAGUGGAAGGAGAACACCAUCGUCCUUUCAAAGCCGAACCGAUGGUGCAGACUUCUCCGAAGAAAGGACAUAUAGGAACGAACGCCGUGAAGAGCCCGCGCAUCACCGCAGAACAGCCAGAUAUGAAGAAGAUGAUCUCGGCUACUCCGACUACGAUGACUCCUGGAGCAGUGGGAUAGGUUUCGGAGGGAUGCAGAAGUACCUUAUCAUCGGUGGUUUGAUCAUCUUAUGCUGGAAGGGCAUUAUCCCCGUGCACCGCAUGGAUUGGUUCCAGCUUUACAUGCUCUGGAAUUUCCUGCAGUCCACAGGCAUACUAGGUGGGCACGGGGGUCAUUACGGCGGAGGGUUUGGACGUAGGCGGCGGUCUUUUUUCUGA